UCCCUCCUCGUCCCCUUAGCUUCCUCCCCACCUUCCCCCCCUUCUCUCCCCCCUGCGGCAGCCGAACCCAGAAGAGAAUCCCCAGCACUCCACCGUGCCGCAGGCCCUAAAUCUCGUCGACUCGUACGACGCCGGCGCGGGCUACUUCCGCGUGCUCUACAGGGACGGCGACUCCGAGGAGGUCGACGCCGACGAGAUGGGCCGGAUGCCCGUCGGCCCCGCCCGCGCCGCAGCAGACGCCGCGGCGGGGAGGCGCCCGAAGAAGCGCCACGGCGGGGACGAGGAGCCGUCGCCGCCGUCCCCGCUGCCGGACCCGGACGCCGUGGUGCCGGCUGUCCCUGCCGCUGGCGAGUCGUCGCCGUCGGGUGGGGAGGCCGAGCCCGCCACGCCCGCGCAAGUGGUCCGGCGCGUCGGUGGCGCUCCGGCAGGUCGUCGCCGCGGCACUUUGCCAGGCGUGCUGACAGGUCCUAUCAAAUAAUGGUAAGCUACCGAAUCACUACAUGGUUGUAUUACUGGAUGAUUAAAUUAGGUGUAUCUGCUUUUGCAUUCACAUGGACGCACAUGUAAUGCAUUUUAGGAUUUACUAUCAGGGAUCCUUGUGACAUUGAUUUUGAUUUUAGUUCAUUUCAACCCAAACAGAGUACGCUCUAACAAACUUGGUAUGAUAUUCCAUGAUGUGUUGAGAUGCAUAUUGAAUCAGACAUACAUAUCUAAUUGGCUGAAACUAGUUGUGCACACAAGAGCUUUGGCACGUACAGGGAGCAGAAUUUGGAGUAUGCAGGAGCUGAUAAUGCACCACCUUCCUAACCGCCAUCAUCAACCUUGGUUGCUAAGAUUCCAAUUAGAAUUCUCAUCACGCUGCCUACCACAAAAGAGAAUUGAAGGUAAAAUAUGGUGCAUGAUGGGCAUUGGCGGAUCCCGCGGCAAGUCUAUUCCAUUGCCCACGUUUAAAACAGAGGCACCGCGAAAGGCCGGGCGGUUGAGAUGGCUAUCCCGGCCCGGUAGCGUCGCGCUCCUAGCAGGUCGUGAGUUCGAAUCUCAUCAGAAGUGAAUUUCAGACUGCUAGGAGAAAAAAAAACCCUUGCUGUGUUCGCCGCAAGGCUUGGCCCUCUCGGACAUGGGCCAGAGUUCGCGGGGUUUCUCUACCCGGUUAGCCGGUUAUGCUUACUCUUAAUGAAAAAACGGUGGGGUCCGUUCCACACCCCCGAUAGAGUUUUUUUAAAACAGAGGCACCGUUCGUUUCGGGGGAGAAAUCCCCCCUGCUAUCCCCCAAUAGUACUUUGGUUGGUUUACUGCCGUACAUCAGGCACAAUCAACGGCACUGGAAGCUUCCGUGCCUGAGGUGGAAAAAAUCCCACUCCCCACCCCCCAAAACGAACGCAGCCAGAGUACAAGAUAGAGUUUGUAAAAUCUUAGUGCACUUUGUUAUUUCAUUGACCUGCUUUACAUUUGAUAGACACUGCGAUAAAUAAAAUAAUCAGCAGGGCGACGUUUAGCCAAUCUCUUGUGCUUGUGCAGGUUACCUACCGCAUUUUUCCAUCUUAGCGCAAAGCUUUAUCAGUAUAUGCGUGUUCAAGACAGCCAAGCAAAUUCUGGAUGGGCAAAACCAUUAUUAAGAAACAGUAGAUUGGUUUGGACGUUUGGUACAAAUAUAACAUCUUAAACAUGAACUGUUUGCCUACAUAAUUUUUAGUCCACGGACAAAUUCUCUCAAUUAUCAAGCUAAUGGAGCUAGUUGAAAAUUAACAGUACUGACAGUAAUCUCUUUCAGCUGAACAUAAUCAAUAUGCAUGACAUCCAUGACAAAUAGACUACAUUUAAUAUUUCAGGUCUAUAAAUCUGCUACUAUUAUCUUUCAGGUGAGUACAUUAAAAAUGCAUGUCUUUGCAUUUGAUCUCAAAUAAUCUUCUCUAAUUGGGUCCCAGAAAAUCCCGCAUGCGUGUUUGCACUGGCUGUGAUUUCAUAUUUCAUAUCAAUCAAAAGAAGAGAAGAAUGUAACAGCAAACCAAUGUCAUGCCAGUCUUUUCGCAGCAUGGUGGCUUGUGUCCAUUCUUUUCGCAGCAUGGUGGUUGUGUUCCUAAUUUAUAAAGAACUACACGAAGCUACAAACUAGAACAGAGGAAUAAGAAGAAAAAACAAUUUGCAUCAGGUGUGAACAGCAAAUGCAGAGUAGGUUACUCACAUAUGAUGUGUGCCAGUGUGGGUCCAAAAGACUUAAAUAUUUAUGAAACAAAAAGAAAUCUAGGAAAAUUUCUUGGACACAAACACUCAAGCAUGUGAAUGCAAAAAUCUCAUUUACCUGUCGAUGCAGUGCGAUCAUGUAAACAUACAGCUGGUGACCAUAGCAAGGGUUACAGGUAAUGUCACACAUGGACAAUAGUUUAUUUGGACCCAAAAUCUUGUUAAAGAUCUCGCGAUGGCUCCCAAGUUCCGUCUUCAUUCAGGAUAAAGGAUUCAAGUGUCGCAUGCCUAUCAUCAUAUACUACAUUUUGCGUAGAUUUUACUUCAGAUAGCAAAUCUCAUGCUUUCUCUAUUCAUUUACUGCUCUUCUCCUAUUGUGGUCCAUCCCUUUUAUUUUUUAAUCCAAUCUUUAUUUGACUAAAUGUCGAUGUGUUAGUUGAGCAAUAUCUUAGUUUGCAAAUCCCAUCUUUUGGACUUGGGCCUUUUAGGUCCUGCCACUUUAUUGUUUUCCUGAAUUUUUGUUCUUUUUAGGAUUUUAUUUACCUUGCAUUUUUUUAGGAUGACUGGUGGCAUUCCUGUCAUCGAGUUAAUAACUAUGGCAUGUGUAAAAACAUGGAUUGUUGGUGGCUCAUUAUUGUUAGUGGCAUGUUGUUCCCCCCUAAAUGUUUUGAUUUAUCUUACAAAUACUAUUUGUCAGCAACUAAUUUAUUUUUAUAUUCUGUAUGUACUCCCCAUGAAGAAGAAUGCCAGGUACCCACUGUAUAUUGGUUUUGUACCCACACUGUACAUAUCUACAAAUCCAAGCAAUGGCAUUCAAGAAUAAUGACCAGGCAAGUAAACAGUACAUGCUCUGCUUAUAUGUGUGUUGCUAACUAUUUGCCUCCUAGGUAGAUUUGUUGGUGGAGAGUGCUUCUGGAACAGACGAACACUACAACAGUGAAGGAGCGCACCGGUCGAAGUGAACAACUCCAAGCCAGAAACGAGGUUUCGUACAAUAAAUUGGAUUCUCUCUCUGUAUUCAAUGUGUUCCAUCAAUGUACAGGGGUCGGGUAUUUAUAGGUGACAGCUCACCUACCACCCUCCGUUAUUACACCGUAAUGCCCCCUAACAACUAUAUUCCCGGAAUAUUCCCGGGGUACAACCGUAUUUUUACAUCAUUUGGUUAAUUACAUCCGAGCCUCUUCUGCCCAUUGGGCCCAUUACAGCCCAUUGGGCCCAUUACAAGAUUCCCUGCGCGGCUUUCGAAGUGCUUACUCUUCGAUGCCUUCCCUUCCGGUCUUCGACUUCGCAGUCGGCGCCCUGGUCUUCGCCGUAGGCGCCUCGGUCUUCCCCUCUCUCCGCUUCUCUUCGUCUUCGCCUGUGACGAACCGG